GCCCCCAGCGCUCCCAUCCCGCUCUCUCUCCAUUCCCUGGGGGGCCCGGCUCAGCAGAGCCCGGGGCUGUCCUGGGGGACGAGUCCCAGCCACCGCAGACAGCUCCGGCGAGCGCGGCAGCCCGGGUGGGGUUUGCAGGGCACAGGAAGGGGCUGGAGCAGCUGGGAGCGGUGGGUGCCGGGAGGAAGGAGGCAGGAGCUGGGAGAACAAAGAACCGAGAGCAGCAGACCCCGCGCAGCUCCUGAAAGACCAGACUCUGCCGCCUCUAUUGUGACCUGGGAGCUGAGCAGCUGCUGCUUCCCCAGCGAGGUCUGUGCUGGGGAGAGCCCGUCAUUAACCCCUCCGUGCCCGGCCGGGGGGGGGACCUUCUCCGGCUAGAAACCGCCCCGGACUCUGCUGACGGUAACUCCUGAGCUGUGACUCCAGGUGGCUGAGACCUUGGGGCUGGGCAGGGGCUGGUGACCUUCGAGGAGGUGGCUGUGUAUUUCACCAGGGAAGAGUGGGCUCUGCUGGACCCCACUCAGACAGCAAUCUGCAGAGAAGUCAUGCAGGAGAACUGUGAGAAUGUGACCUCACUGGGGAUUCCGGUUUCCAAACUUUAUGUGAUCUCCAAGCUGGAAGGAGGGGAAGAGCCAUGGGUCCCAGAUCUGCAGGGUUCAGAGGAAAGCGAGAUCCUGAGAAGUCCCUGCACAGCAGGUGAUGGGGUAGUGAGGGAGAACGAGGAGCAGAAUCCUCACCAGGAAGAUGCUGAGCUAGCCGAAGCGCAUGGGGCAUUACUGCAAAGAUCCAAAGGGAAUGUGUCUAGGUGCCAUGAGCCAGGAAAAGCUGGUGAAAGUUACCACAGACCAGAGAGAGAGCAGGGAAACCAGUCAGUGGAGAAAGUGUAUGAACCCUUUAAUUAUCAGGGAACUCACAAGGACCUCAAGGAAACUACAUCCCAGGAGAAAAUUCUCAGGGAAAAGAGAGAGAAUACAUGCAGCGAGUGUGGGAAAAACUUCAAUUACCGCUCAGCCCUUAUUCGACAUGAGAUAAUCCACACGAAAGAGAGACCCUACAAAUGCUGUGAAUGUGGGAAAAGCUUCAAUCAUUCCUCAGCCCUUGUUAGACAUCAGCGAAUACACAGAGGAGACAGACCCUAUGAAUGCUGUGAGUGCAGGAAAAGUUUCACUCAGAGAUAUACCCUUAUCUCUCAUCAGAGAAUCCACACAGGAGAGCGACCCUACGAAUGCUGCAAGUGCGGGAAAAGCUUCGCUCAGAGAUCAGCCCUUAUCUCUCAUCUGACAAUCCACACGGGAGAGCGACCCUACGAAUGCUGCGAGUGUGGUAAAAGCUUCACUCAGAGCUCAAACCUUACUACGCAUCAGAGGAUCCACACAGGAGAGAGACCCUAUGAAUGCAGUGAGUGCAGGAAAAGUUUCACUCACCUCUCCUCCCUUACCUCUCAUCAGAGAGUCCACACGGGAGAGCGACCCUACAAAUGUUGUGAGUGUGGGAAAAGCUUCACUCGGAGCUCAAACCUUACUACGCAUCAGAGGAUCCACACAGGAGAAAGACCCCAUGAAUGCAGUGAGUGCGGGAAAAGCUUCACUGACCUCUCCUCCCUUAUCUCUCAUCAGAGAGUCCACACGGGAGAGAAACCCUAUGAAUGUUGUGAGUGCGGGAAAGGCUUCUCUCAGAGUUCAGCCCUUAUUACACAUCUCAGAAUCCACACAGGAGAGAAACCCUAUGAAUGUAGUGAGUGUGCAAAAAGCUUCAGUCAUAGCUCAGCCCUUAUCUCUCAUCAGAGAAUCCACACAGGAGAGCGACCCUACAAAUGUUGCGAGUGCAGGAAAAGCUUCACUCGGAGAUCAGCCCUUACUACGCAUCAGAGGAUCCACACAGAAUAGAGGCCCUAUGAAUGCACUGAGUGCAGGAAAAGUUUUACUGAUAUCUCCUCCCUUAUCUCUCAUCAGAAAGUCCACACAGGAGAGAAACCCUAUGAAUGUUGUGAGUGUGGGAAGAGCUUCUCUCAGAGCUCAGGCCUUCUCUAUCAUCAGAGAAUCCAUAAAGGAGAUAAACUCCAUAAAAACAUUCUCUAGACCUCUCAGAAGAUUUUCUUUCUUUAAUUAUUUUCACAGUUCUCAGGUAGUGACCAUUAAGGCUGUUUGCAUCUUUUGCACACUGUAGUCUCUCAGCUCCCACACAUGAGUUGUCCACUUUUGAAGCCUGCCCAUCUUUGGGGUUAUCCUGUGGUCCUUUCUAUCAACUCCAUUGUCCUGCGAGUCAUGGGAGUGUGUGUCCUUUCUACCAGGAAUGUCCAUCACCCCAGGUGGGGGAGAUAAGGGGUGUCUUCAACCAGCUAUGUCGAGGUAAAAUCUACCUGGGCCUCAUCACUGUGGUUUCCAUGGAGUUAGCUAGCUUGAGUUCGCUUUCCUGAUGUAAAAAGACAGCUAUUCUUGCAGUAAAGACAUGGGCCAUGGAUAGUGGGUGGGGUUAUCUAGCACAUUUCCUCCUGAUCUGACCUAACCACCAUCACAUUUCCUUGUCUAAACAAACCUGGAGAAUCACAUUUAUACUCUUCCUCCCAGUGCAAAGUUAUUGUUAGAGACGUCAAGUUCCUCUUUGAGGACAGAUUGUCUCAUUCCCAGUUGUUUUCACAUUACCCUGGAUCAUGCUGAACAGCAGUUAUUUUGUUGACCAUUUUUCUCAUUUAAAAUAUAUUUAAAUAUAGUGAAGAGCCAGAGCAGUGUCAGGGAAAUAAGGGUUAUUUCAGGCUCUGAGACACUGGAAGGAGAUGCAGUGACUCAGACAUUCCGUCCUUCCCCAUCACCCCAGAACUGUUACCUUGUGUCUGAGCCAUGCAGAGUUCACCCCUUCAUAUUCCUUCACUUCCCAAAGUGUCCGGUGAGGUAAUAUUCUUAGCUAUCUGUGCUUGGGAAUGGUGCUUGGAUGUCUUUGAUCCUAAAUCGGUCACUCUGGCAGGAGAUGAAAGUGUCACAGACUUGGAAGGGGAUUUCAAAUGGAUCCCAAGCACCGUUCAAAUCCCCUUUUCCCUCUAUUGGCAAAGCCACUUCUGGGAAGGUCGCCUGUUCCCCCCCCCCCCAUGAAGAUGCUAAAACUUUUGUAAAUAACACUAAUGAGACAGCACUCAGUGAAGCAGGUUUUAUGGGAGAAUCUCUCAUCCUGAUUCUGAGUUAUCAGAUGUAACCUACUCUGGAAUUUCCCUUUAAAUGAAAAUAAAAGUAUCUUCUACCUCUCUGUGA